AAGUGAAAUGGCUACAAGUACUUGUUGUUCCUCGGCUCUUUUUCCUGUACAAGUGAAUUCGGAACGCUGCAAGAUAAGUGAAAGAACUUUGAAAGAUUGUUUAGAACUUGCUUUGCGAAAUUUGGUUGAAACGGUUUGUAACCAACUAGAAAAUAUGAAACACGAAAAGAAUUCGAAUAUUUCUUUCGAUGGAACGCAAACUUUGGAGAAUGGGUUGGUAGAUAACGAUUCAACGGAGCUGAUACUUUCCUGUAAAUAUUUGGCUCAUGUCGUAGGAAACUUAUAUUCCUGUCUGCAGGGAUAUCUCAACUCUUAUCGUUCGAGAAAACUUGGUUGCAAACAGAGUGAAUCACAGUUCUACUCAAACUUUGAACGGGUUUCUUUGGAACUUGAAAAUUUACUUGAAUACUUACAACGAAACUAUUCAGUCUCUCACAAGAAUGAAUUGUAUUAUGUCUUUUCCUUGAAAGCUAUUCGUAUCGUAAACUUGUACGUGCUUGCCAAUUUACUCCAUCGUAGCCAAGUUUAUCAUAGUUUUUGGAACUAUUUGGAUGCUGAAAUUGAGUCCUGUUCAAAAGUAGGUCCCGUUCCCAUAUUGCUAACUGAUGUUUCUUCCAAUACUAUUGAUAGCGAAAACGGUGUCUUAUAUUUGAGUGGCAUCGUUUUGCAGGAGUGUCUGGAAAAUGUUGGCAAAUUUCUGUCUUCUCAAAAAGGCAAAGAAGUGAUAAAGGAUGAGGUUCAAACCAUUGCACUACUUGUAUUGCGUAUUGCGACCAAGACAAACUCCAUUUGUACAAACAGUCAUACUUGUUGGGAUUGGAGAACUCGUAGCCAUAUUUGUAUCGACUCGUUAGAGACGAAAAGGUCCUCCUCUGCAUCGGAAUGGAUGGAUAGUGAUGAUUCAAGUAGAAACAGUGAGACAUUUAGAAUACAACUAAGAGCACUCAUGUUAUUUCAACAAUUAGCUAGUGACUUUGGUCAUCAGCUUGUACCAACUUGGAAUAUUAUCUUUCCUUGUGGAACAAAAGGUCGGCAAUGUGACUCUAUAACAGGACUAUUGAUAUCCUCACCUUUUCCUCGUAUUCGUUUGGUUUCAGCAAAAUGUAUAUC